UGGCACCACAUCAUGGAUAUCAAGUUGAUGCUCAACUGUAUUCCACAGCCAUUGGAACUACUCUUGACGUAUCAUGUGCUGCCGGCUUUACUAGUAUGGAUAAUAUCACCUCUAUAACAUGCCAGGGAGAUAGAAGGUGGACAACUCUUCCUGUUUGUUCAGGACAGGUUCGUGUGCGCAUGAGAGCUAUUGCACUACCUGCCCGUACAGCGUUCACAGUCUACUACCUGAAUGGAUCAAGCACAGCACAGGUUGGUCUAGGUUAUUUACCAUCGUGUAGGGCCAAAGGAAUCAAUGUUGGUGGUAACGCUCAGUAUCUACGACUGACUAAUACCGAUACCGGUGCAAUUUCAGCAGAACGGGGAGGUUUUACUCUUCUACAUACGGCCGCUACAACACUACUCUGGAACACUUCAGCACAUCCCACUCUGAACCCAACCAUCACAGGACUGUACAGGUGUAGUUCAGAUGUAGGAGAUGUCACAGGGACAUAUCGACUCAAUGUUGUAGUUCUUCCGAAGAUGACAUCAUUCAAUGCCCCUGCAGAAGUGGUUAACAACACAAUGUACACGUUGAAUUGCACAGGUCAUGGAUACCCGGUACCUGCAGUGAAUGUGUUGGUCAAUGGUGUAGAAUUGCCUGGCAAUGAUACCAGCAAUAAUUGCACCGAUGGUGUGUGUAUAAAGACACUCUCCAUCUCACUAGAUGGUAAAAGUUACACGCCGGGUGUGACAGUCAAUAUCACGUGCUCCGUGGAUAUCAACCAGCCACCAUUUAUUUGCACUUCUGCUAAGACUGCGGGUUUGAAACCUGAGUGUGAUAAUGCUGUAAAAAUAGUUUCGCAAACCACCAUCAUCCCUGUGGUUGCAAUCGCUUCCACUGCCGCUCCAUCUGCCACAAGUUCUACUAUAUCAAUCGCUUCCAUCACCGGUCCACUUUCCAACAGUUCUGCCAGAGAUGGUACUCCGAAACUGGCGAGUGUUCACAGCACUGGUCUGUUGCCCACGCUGAUCUUGAUGGCGUUGAACGGUGCCUAG